CAAUAUUGCUCCUUGAGCAUAAAUCUGCCCCUCAUAAAUAUAUGCCAAUUGCCAUUGCCCUCUCACCUGGAAUCUGCACUUACCGACAAAAACGAGCACGCACACAUACAUGUCUGUAUAUACAUGUUAAUGUGAUUCGAUUUUAUAGUCUGCCUCUGCACAGAAAUCGUUAGGGAAGACAAGAAAGGAAGAAAAGCCGAGAAAUGAGGGGUAUUGAUCUGAUAAACUCGGCUCUACCGGACGAAUUGAUUCUAGAAAUAUUCCGGCACGUCGAGUCGAAGACGAGCCGGGACGCCUGCUCGCUGGUCUGCAAGCGGUGGCUCAGCCUCGACCGGCUCAGCCGUGAUACAGUCCGCAUCGGUGCCUCCGUUUGCUCCGGCAAAUGCGUCAAGCUGCUCAGCAGCCGGUUUCCUAAUAUACUAUGCGUGUCUAUUGACGAGCGGAUAACGGUGCCAGUGCCAGUGCCACUGCCACUGCCCGUGCAAUAUAGAAAAAGGCGUCGUGUUAGUCAUGCAUCUACUUCGUCUGACAGGUCUUGCCAUGGGUCUGAUCAAACUGUCUCUGAAUAUGAGGUGAUGGGUGCAAGCUACUUAUCAGACUCCGCACUGGCAGCUGUUGGAGACAAUUUCGUAAAACUCGAAAAGUUGAGCCUUAUAUGGUGUUCUAGUGUAUCGGAUGUAGGGUUAAGAUCGUUGGCUGAGAAAUGUAGAUCUCUUACAACUUUGGAUUUACAGGGCUGUUAUAUCGGAGACAAAGGCUUAACUGCUGUAGGAGAAUGCUGCAAAUCUCUUCAGGAAUUGAAUUUGCGAUUCUGUGAAGGGCUGACUGACACAGGACUGGUGGAGUUGGCUCGAGGUUGCGGAAGGAAUCUGAAGUCACUUGGUGUUGCUGCAUGUGCUAAAAUUACUGAUGUCUCACUAGAAGCUGUGGGAUCCCACUGUAGAUCUCUUGAAUCUCUUUCACUGGACUCGGAAACAAUUCAUGAUAAAGGCUUGCUUGCUGUGGUCAAAGGAUGCUCUGGUCUAAAAGUUUUGAAACUACAGUGCUUAAAUAUUACAAAUGAGGCCUUGCAAGCUGUUGGUGUUUUCUGUCUCUCAUUGGAAUUGAUGGCUUUGUACAGCUUCCAGAAAAUCACAGAUAGGAGCAUGUGUGCCAUUGGAAAAGGAUGUAAAAAGUUGAAAAACCUUACACUGACCGAUUGCUACUUCAUAAGCAACAAGGGUUUAGAUUCUAUAACUGCUGGUUGCUCAGAGCUUAUGCAUAUUGAAGUAAAUGGCUGCCACAAUGUUGGAACUGAUGGACUGAAGUCCAUUGGGAAAAAUUGCGCCCGGCUUUCAGAAUUAGCCUUGCUAUACUGUCAGAGGAUAGCAAAUGAUGGACUUAGUGAAAUUGGUAAAGGAUGCAAAUUCUUGCAAGCUCUUCACUUGGUAGAUUGCUCAGCUGUUGGGGAUGACUCCAUAUGCGGUAUAGCUAGAGGGUGUAAGAACCUAAGGAAGCUCCAUAUUCGUCGAUGUUAUGAGGUUGGAAAUAGAGGGAUAAUUGCUGUUGGCCAAAACUGUAAAUUUCUCACAGAUCUCAGCCUACGAUUCUGUGACAGAAUAGGGGACGAGGCACUGAUAUCAAUUGGCCAAGGCUGUUCAUUACAAUAUUUGAAUGUAAGUGGCUGCUACCAAAUUGGGGAUGCUGGAAUAAUAGCUGUUGCCAGAGGCUGCCCUCAGCUCAGUUACCUGGACGUCAGUGUUCUUCAGGAAACAGCAUCAAUACUUUAGGAGAUUUGUUUCUGAUUGCCGUGUCAUGCAAUUCGACAGAAAGCAAAAAAGGACCACAGGUUUUUCUAUUCCAGAUUCAUGUUGUAGGUUAGAUAUGUUUGCAUUUGCAUAUAUGCAGCCGUAGUGCUUUUAUUGGAUCAUAUUUUUCUUCUGUGUACUUAGAAUUGUCUUUGUUUAGAAUUUCUUGUAGAUCAAAAUUUUAUUUUGAGACAGUUUCGGCCACGCAUACGUUGAUAAUACAGAGUAGAAUGUGAAACCUUGAAAAUGUUGUGGUAAUUUAUACUAGAUAGAAAUGCUGGUAUUUAUUUGGGCAUGAAAUUAGUUGGCUUGUCUUAAUCGCCACAAUAAACAUAAAUAUUGAAGCAUAAGUAUUCCAAUUUCCCAACAUAUCCUGCUGUCUCAUGCAAUAAUUUGCAUCAAAUUUUAUUUGCACAAUCAUACUGUUCAAAGAAAGCAAACAUUCAUACUUCAAAAGUCAAAAGUCACACUCU